AUGUGUGUUCCUCCGGCCCGUCAGGACGCCCAUGUGAAGUUAGCUGUGCUGCCCACCGGUACUGCCGCUGCUCUGCAGGUGGAGGAAGCGCAGGUGACAGGUGGAAAGGACAGGGCCAGGGCCCAUUUACAGGCCUGCUGCACCGCUAAGAUCUUCAGGCAUUUUCUCAACACCGAGGCCGCCGACCAGCCCCGGCUCGGCCCGCUGCUGCUCUCUGCAGAAACGGAAGGGAAGUUCGCCUGGGCCCUUUCUGCAGAGAGAUUUGCCGUGUUUCUCUUUGGCCUCCCUCGGUCCUAUCUUGGAUUCCGGAUCUUGGAUUCCUCCAAGUGCGAACGUGGUGACUCGGAGUUAGUGAAACUGGGUGAUAUAUUGGGUAUCAGUAAACAUGUUCACAGCUUGGACUUUUACCCCGCGGCUGGUGAAGUGGCGGAGCCUGAUGGUCACCGAAGCUCUGUAUUGACUGUGUCACGCCCCUGCCUGUCCCCAAGUCUCCAGUCUGUGAAAGAGUUUCGCGUUGCCUGUCACGGAAAUACCUCAGACUUGGACUCGAUCGAGCAGUGUACGAAAUGCCUCUGGAAACCAGACGCGUCUCUGCCGCGUGCGCCCAGCCUCCAGCUCGCCCGCCGCUGUUGGGGAAGAGCCGGCCGGGAGGAAAAAGAAACAGAGCAAACUCUCCGCCAGUGCUCAGGGCACGCACGAGUCAGGAACAGAGUGACCCGGGCCAGCACCCUGUAGGCUCCUGGGGCAGGAGCGCCCGCAG